AUGAAAGCAGACGGGCGCGAGCGAGUUCGUGCUCUUAGCACCUCUUUCUCAGUUCAGAGAGAAUCGUGGAUAAACACGCUUUCGAGGCAAUCUCUGAUGGACUGGCACCCUCUUGAAAUACCUGCCGUCUCGACUCUCUCGCCUCAACUUCUUCGAGGCGAAUUGAUCGAGCUUCAAGGAGCUCAGCGAGGUAGAAAGUUUGGAUACAAGGACCGUCGUCCAGUGGCGCCUCCAUCUGUAGUCCAAUUGCGCCUUUUUCAAACCCUCGGCGAUGGCAUUGAACGCGAAGUCGAAGACUACAGCCUCCUCCAGAGCUACCCAGCGCUUACGAAACCACUUCCUCCGAGUUAG